AUGUCGCUGGAGCCGGCUCCUUGCAGCUCGUAUGAUAUCGAGAUGAGGCCCUACGUGUGCAGCGUCUUGUUGGACGAGCAGGGGAAAGAGGAGCUGGGCCCGGAGGAGGACCCGGCGGUGUACACCUGCAUCGAGUGCAGCAUCUACUUCAAGAAGAAGGAGCACCUGAUGGAUCACAUGCUGCAGCACAACCGCGGCCCGGGGAGGGACCACGAUGGAGACGCUUUGGGAGGGCAGUGCCAGUUCUGCUGCAACGAGUGCGGGUGGGCUUUCGGGGACCUCGCGUCUUUAGAGCAGCACAAGAGGCUCCACCAGGAGUCCAGGGAAAAAAUCAUCGAGGAGAUCCAGAAGUUGAAUGAGUUUCCGGACGAAGGCCGGGAAGCACGGCUGCAGUGCCCCAAGUGCGUCUUCGGCACCAACUCCUCCAAAAUCUUCGUCCAGCACGCCAAGAUGCACGUCAAGGAGAGGAAGGACCAAGGGGCGAAGAGCUUGAAUCUCUUUGGCAGUGGGGAAAUUCGGGACAGCCCCGUGCACGGCGUCUACAAACACUUCAAAGCAAACGAACACGCGGCCCUGCAGAUGCAGCUCCCGCCUCACGGCAAAGGACUCAGCACCUGCGUCCUCUGCAGCUUCCCGGCCCCCAACGAGAACAUCCUCAAGGAGCACAUGAAAUACGCCCAUUCCCACCUCUCCUGGGAGACGGAGGCAUACGAGGACGAUCCCAACCAACCGGGAACCAGCAGGGACGCCUACAGCCCGGCCAGGCCGGGCCGCUUCGCGGAGACGGAUUAUUUCGGCAAAGCCGACCGGCUUUUCCCUCCGCCGCACCGGGAAAGCACGUCGCAUUACGAAGCAGCCCAUGGUUUCGCCCUGACGCACUCGCGACUCGAGAAAAGCGACGGGGCCGGUAAAAAGGACUACCAAACUUCAGGUUUUCACGCCAGGAAAGCGGCCCCGUACUCCACCCCGCACAAAAACCCGGGCUUGUCCGGUUUUUCCUCUGCUAAAGCUUACUCCCAGUUUACUCUGCUGAGGAAAAGAGCGGCGGCGGCCCAGCACCUGGAAGGAGAAGGGGAUGGGAGCCACGCGAUGGGGCUGGAGGAGCUCAGGCACAAGUGGUUGUUGGGCAGCGACGCCGGGAGCGCGGAAGAGGAGAUCACCUUGAGCGCUGAAAUGGAUUUGGGCACAAAGCGAGGCGUCAAGCACGUCACCGUCCCUCAGGCCGCCUUGGACCUCAAGAGGACGUUCAGGGACACCUUGAAAGCCACAGACUCUGCGAUAGCGUCGGACGAGCAGCAGCAGCAGCUGCGGAUGAUGGUCCCCCUCGUCCUCCUGGAGGAGAUGAACCCGCACCCCAAAGCGACGAAGAGGCCCCGGGGGAAGUCGUUCAAGAAGAAAACCGCGCUCCCUCCCCGCGAUUUCGUGAUGGAGGAGCCCCUGCCCUUGGAUGUGCUCCUGUUGGACGCCCCCCUGGAGCUCGAUGACAUCUUGGAUUCCGAUUCGCCCAUGCUGAAGAACGAGGAGAGGAAAUGUCCCUACUGCCCCGACCGGUUUCACAACGGGAUCGGGCUGGCCAACCACGUGCGGGGCCACCUCAACAGGGUGGGGGUGAGCUACAACGUCCGUCACUUCAUCUCGGCGGAAGAAGUGAAAGCUAUUGAGCAAAAAUUUUCCUUCCAAAAGAAGAAGAAAAAAGUUGCCAACUUCGACCCCAGCACUUUCAGCCUGAUGCGGUGCGAGUUCUGCGGGGCCGGUUUCGACACCCGAGCCGGCCUCUCCAGCCACGCCAGGGCCCACCUGAGAGACUUUGGCAUCACCAACUGGGAGCUCACCGUCUCGCCCAUCAACAUCCUCAAAGAGCUGCUGGCCAACUCGGCCGAGCAUCCCAUGCUGCA